GGGGCACCACUGCAAUGUCAAAGAUGUGAAGUGGUUUAUUUCACUUGAGCAUAUGAUUGUUAAACAAAUUCGUAUUUAUUAUUCGUGAAUUUUGAAAUUUGUGGCAGCUUUUCUGUACACAAAAUACUAGUCGAUAUCAUAAAUACGCUACAUAUUUUAUAAUUAAUAAACGUAUGUACAAUGGAAGGAACAACCACGGAGAGAAAGAGGAAAUCGAGUCAUAAAUUGACACCGGAAAACAAGAAAGAAAAGUGUGUUUCCAAUGCCAAAAAGACGAAAAGGUUGAGCAAACAAGCCUCUGAAGAAGAAAAGAAUCCUUGCCAUGUUUGCGGAGAGAAAGCGAGAUCCUACAAUUUUGGUGGGAUGUCAUGCAACUGUUGCAAAUCUUUCUUUCGCCAUUUUGUUCUCAAGAAUUUGAAAGAUGCCAAAUCCGAGCAGGAUUUCAAGAAGAAUUGCAAAUUUAAAGGGGACUGUUUAAUCGAUCAGAAAACGAGAAAGAAAUGCAAAGCUUGCAGAUUUUUGAAAUGUUGCAAAAUUGGAAUGGAUUUUAAAUGGGUGCUAGCGGAUUACAAAAAGACGCAAGAUUUAAAGUUGCAAAAAUCAAAAACUGAUCAAGUCGAGAUUCAUCCAAUUAUUGAUAAGCCAAAUGAUGCAAAACUGAGUGGUGAAGAUGCUACAAGGAUCGAACAUAUUUCAAAAUUUUAUAAAUCUGCGUGUGAACAAAUUCCGUACAUGUUUCCUUCUCGCGAAAAAAAUGAAGUCGUAAGUCCCACAAAAUCAAAAAUUUUACUGAUCGGAUUCAUUUCUACGUCGAUUCGAAGAUUCGUAUAUUUUGCGAAGAUGAUUCCCGAAUUUGCAAAACUUUCUGUCCACGACCAAACGAAUUUAUUGAGACGGUCGGGAAUGCAUAUGAGCAUUCUGAGAGGUUCAAUCACAUUUGAUUUCGAGAAACGUACGAUAAGUUCAAAAGAUGGCGAAAAUUACCCGGACAUCCCUGUGGCUGAAUUGCAAGAUUUGUGUCCUCAAGACUUGUCAGAAAUGCAUACCAAACUCAACCGAAGGAUUCGAGAUAUUGCCCCCGACGAAACCAGCAUUAUGCUAAUGAUUCCGGUAGUUUUAUUCUCAGACUGUGGUGGAACAGAUAGUUGUACCGAGUUUGACGACCGAACAGCUAUAAAUGAAGCGCAGGAAAUGUACUCCGGAUUGUUGGAAAAAUACGUAAAAUUUGUACAAGGAGAAAAAGGGAGGCUUACAUUUCCAAAGCUCUUAUCUCAACUGGUGGAAUUGACCCAAAUUUGCCAGCUUCAUCAGGGCUUACCACUUAACCUGACGGAACAUCAAGUCGAUAAAAUGCACCGGCAUCUUCUAGAACUUCAAAAAAAGUCCAAUAUUUCGCCCCCACUAGUUAAUAAAACCCCCGCUGGAGAACAAAAUCAAUUUAGAGACUUGAAGAAAUAUUGUAGAAGUCAAGGAACAUGUAAAGAAAGUCCAACUUCGGCAAUUACAGUUAAUGCACCAGCAAGAAACUCGGAGGCAUUCCAAUUACUGAUUCGUACCUUUGUGAACACCACUGGGGAGUGGGGGAUUAAACCAGCUUAUUUCGGUCACGGGCCUCAAAUUGGAAUUAAGCAAGCCUUCAUGCGCCGAAUACCAGAGUUGCUCGCGUGUCCGUGGGACUGCUUGGUUCAUGAGGCUGGUGAAAGUAGUGGACCACGAGACGUGAGAUAGUCAAUUAUAAUAUUCGCGUAGACAAACAUACAUACAUACAAUAAAUACUUAAUGUUAAUACAAUUCAA